AUGGAUUCCGAUUGUAUGCAAAUAGCUGCCCUGGGAAGACCGCUGUACCCUGGCAUGUUGUACGACUGCUGCAGGGACACCUUUAUUCCAGGUGUUACUUUAUGGGAUAAGAAAGAACUUAAUGAUGGCCUUGAUAUGCAUCAGUGCCCUGAAAUAGAUCUGAAGUUUUCUGCCUCUGACUCUGUCAGUGACAAGGCCAACCUUCUAGAUAUAAGUACUUCCCUAAAAGUCAGUUUCUUAAGUGGGUUGGUGGAGAUUGGAGGCUCUGCAAAGUACCUGCAUGACAAAAAACUCUCACCACGUCAGUGUAGAAUUACUAUGCAGUACAGCAAGACAACACAGUUUGAACAACUUACGAUGAAGCAGCUUGCCAAUAUCACCUACCCACAAGUAUUUGACCAGAAAACAGCUACGCAUGUAGUUACAGCUGUGUUGUAUGGAGCUCAGGCUUUCAUGGUGUUUGAUUAUACAAGUAAAGAAAGUGAGAGCCCACAGCAUCUUGAACAAAACUUUCAUGCAGUAGUCAAGAAUAUCCCUACAAUUGCUGAGGGGAAGGCAUCUCUACAGAUGACUCAAGAGGAAAAAGAACUAGCUGAGUGCAUCAGCGUCAAGUUUUAUGGUGACAUUGAGCUGGACGUUAAUCCCACCACAUACAUGGAAGCCCUAGAUGUGUACAAAAGUUUACCCACUCUGAUGAAGCAACAACAAACUAAAGGUUUGCCACUCACCGUAUGGCUGUAUCCUCUCAUACUUUUCAAUCACAAUGCUGCAAAAUUGGUGAGAGAAAUCAGCCUUAGCCAUGUGGGUAAAACAGAACAAUUGCUGGAGGAGCUUGGAGAAGGAGAGAGAAGAUGCAAUGAUUUAAAGAACAAUCUAAUGACUGACAAUUUCCCUGAUGUAAAAGACAGGCUGUUAAAGUUUUGGUGUUUACAAAGUAAUUAUAAGACAUCAUUCCAGAAGGCACUCUCUAGCGUUUUGCCAGCUAUUCGGAGUGGGACAAAAGAGGACAAGGCACUGGAGGAUAUCCUGAAUACCCAUUACUCAUCACCCUUCACAGCUAGCAACAUGAAUAAAUGGUUAGACAAUAUCACAACUGAAUUAAAUAUACUGAGUUCCUAUACCAAGGGGCUUAAGGACUUUGUGAAAUCACCAGCAUCACUCAGUUCCAUCCUCUUGGAUCCUGAUGUUGAUGUGGUGGUAUGCUUGUCUUUUACAUCUCUAAAAUAUGAAGAUUCCUACCUAGCAGAGCAUGACUUUACUGUCUUGGGGCAAACAGGUGAGAGAGAUUUCUCCUGCCAAGCAGCACAGCCUUGGAUCACUUCUCCUGAUAUCUCUGAGCGAAUGAGGCAGAAUCUUUCUCUUUUUGCAAGUUUUUUAAAUGCUAAUAAAAAUGAUAAGAGAAUGAAAUUUAUAAUUACCUCCAUAUCUGACCCCAACAAUCCAGGAAACUCCAUCCGCCUUUAUCAGAAAGGCCAUCUGACAGAUCCUAAGUUCCAGCCUGUAUCCAAACCCCCGGUUCCGGUCGUAGUGACCAAUGAUGAAAAAGCCAUCCUAACCCUUUCAAAAUCCCCAACUGGAAAAACAAUACAGUUCAGAGUUGAAUACACAAUGACACCACUGACUGAUACAGGAGCUGAUAUAGAUGAAUGGACAGUCAUGGACACUCCAGAUGCCCAGACCAGCUUUACAUUGACUGGACUAAAGCCAGCAGUACAACACUUUGUUCGCUACAGAGCUAUUAGUGAUGUGGGAGUGAGUGAAGCCAGCGACUCUGUCCCAAUCUCGGUUCAUCAGAAGCUCACUGUUAAACUGGGCCUGUCAUGGAAUAUCACCACAUCUUCCAUCCUCAAUGAAAUAAGGACAAAAAUAAUGACCAUUAAGGGCAUGUCACGAUGGUCUUUCUCUACUAUCGAGGCAGAGGUUUCAAAUGAUGUCAACAGUCCUAGCAUUCCUUACAUUGACACAAUUCCUGGAGGGCUGAAAGCAGGAAUGGCUUUCUACUUCCAAGGUGUUGUGGGUGCGACAGGAAAAGAAUUUGCAUUUAAUCUCAUAACUGGGCGGACGGAAAAUGAUGACAUCGCUUUUCACUUCAACCGUCGCAUCAAUGGCACUGUGGUCCAAAAUAGCUGCACAAAUGGGUGGUGGAAGAAGGAAGAACGCAUAUCAAGUUGUUCACUUUCCAGUGGAUCAGCCUUUGAUAUCUUCAUUGUGACAAAAACAGAAGGUUAUGAGGCAUAUAUAAAUGGUCAGAGUUUUUGCCUGUUCAAACAUCGCAUACCAAUGGAGGAAGUGGCUACACUUCAGAUUUGUGGAGAUGUCAACAUGAACGUUAUUGCUAUUGUUGAAAACUGGACAUCGUCUAGUUUUUGUAUGGAACUAAAGUCUGGCACAUCACGCACAAAGCUCUCUAACAUCCAGUUUGAUGUACCACAGCCAGUCUGCAACCCAAGAGAACCAUAUUUAAGAUCAAUCCCUGAAGGCUUGAGACCUGGUGUGGCUUUGUUCUUCCAAGGAGUUGUUCCUUCAGAUUUCGAAAGCUUUGAAAUAAAUUUUCUGACCACGCCAACGUACCUUCAUGACAUCGCUUUCCACUUCAAACCCUCUAUGUACUCUGUGCUCCGUAACACCUGCAGGAAUGGGAGAUGGGAUAGGAAUUACAUUGAGACAAAAGGAGGUCCCUUUGUCAAAGGAGGAGCCUUUGAUAUGAUAGUGGUUAUUAAAACAGAAUGCUAUGAGGUGAUGGUAAAUGGCCUGGAAUACAGCAAGUUUGAUCAUCGUAUACCAGUUGAAAAAGUGACUACACUUGACAUCAGAGGAGAUGUCUUUAUGAAAAUCCUUCGCGUUAUUGAAGUGGAUGAUGUUAAUCUAAAAGUCAGCAUUCCUGCCAAUAUUUGAGUCUUCGAAUCUUCAUCAGAAGAGCUGAUCAAUUUGAUGUGGAUUUUUUUCAUCUGUUUAAGCAUAUCAGAAUUACAGUAGAGUAUGAACAUGAUGAACCUUAUAAUUUCUUAAUUGAUUAUGAUUGAUUUAUUUGUUGCUUAUGGUUAAAAAUGAGUAUUAUAGGUUCUUUCCUGUUUUAGCGUACCUUAAUUAUAGUAAACUAUCAGUAAUUUUUAGUCUAUAUACAGUACUCAGACUUUAAAGAAGAAAUUACCCAUGUCCAUGGCUAACACAACCAGAAAAUGAGUGUUAUGUGUCAGUGGAUGAGCUCUGUAUUAUGUCAAAGAUGUAUCCUUUUUAAACAUGCUUAUUGUUUAACAUAUGUUUAAAAGAAAUCAUUGCAAUAGAGAUCUUGUAAUUAGCAAUUAUAACAAAUUAGGAGUUCAGUAACAUUAUUAUAUGAUUUUUAAAAAUUAUUUUAAUUUGACUAAACACCUUAUCAGUCACAAAUUAGGAUUGUGCAAAUCUGGCUGAAUGCAAUGGCGAAAAAAAAUAGAUUUCAGAUUUCCAUACAUAAAAUAUAAUGGUGGCAGAUUAAUUUGUCAGUUUCACAAAUACAAAUAUUGCACCUGUAGAGAAAUA